UUUGGCCCAAAGACCGCGACGCUUUGUCUCGAACGCUGCUGCGCGCUGCGUGCCGCGGCCCCGCUGUGCCAUGGCUGAGGAGGCGGAGAAGCCCAAAGAGGAGCCAAAGAAGGAGGAGGCGAAGCCCGAAGAAGCCAAGCCCGGAGAGAAGCGAAAGGACGCGUCGGCUCCGGAGGACGCGAAGCGGCUGAAGCCGACGCCGCCGGAUCCGCAGGCGGAGAAGCCCAAAGAGGAGCCAAAGAAGGAGGAGGCCAAGCCCGGAGAGAAGCGAAAGGACGCGUCGGCUCCGGAGGACGCAAAGCGGCUGAAGCCGACGCCGCCGGAUCCGCAGGUGGUGCGGCUUCAGGUGGAGUACUACCUCUCGGAUGAGAAUCUGAAGUACGACAAGUUCUUUCACGAGAAGAUCACCGCGGACAAAGAUGGCUGGCUGGAAUUGCAGCUCAUCCUGAGCUGCAACAAGAUGAAGAACAUGCGCGCCACCAAGGAAGACGUGAUCGCUGCGCUCAAAGAGUCCAAGAUCGAAUUAAACGAGGGCCAGACCGCUCUUCGGCGCCCGGGCAACGCCGCCCUGCCGAAGUUGGAAUCGAAGCCGACUCAUCAGAAGAAGAACUCCAUCCAUGCGCAUGAUGGCGGCGUGGUGACGAUGUUCAAGGGCGUGCCCGCCGAGCAGCAGUGGACCCAGGUCAAAGCCGCCGUCCAGGAGAAGCUGCCUCCCAAGGUCAAUCUGUGGCACGUGAGCCAGGUCAAUGACAAGCAGGAGUGCACCAUGGUGUGCGCGCCUUUCGACGGUGACGUGACCUUCUUCGAGAAGCUCUCUCUCGAGUUAGGAGGCGCCACCCUGAAGUGCGAGAUUUGCUUCGGGGAUUUGCUGCAAAAGGCUCUCAAGGACAUGCCCAAGCACAUCCGCGACAAGCGGGAAAGGGAGUCCCGAAAGCGUCAGAAAGAAAGGAAUCGCCCGAUCAAGCUCGGCACCUGCCAUUUCAACAACGUCUCCAUGCUCCGGGGACGCGUGAAGGAGAUUCUGAACUCCCGCACCGACGGAGAACAGCUGAAGCCCGACGGCAGCGAUUUCAAGCUCAUCAAGAGCCUCUUGGAGUUCCACCCCAGCCCAGGGAAGAGCAAGGGCUUGGUCGGCAUCAAGGUCGCCCGAAGUCAACAGGGCGAUAGCCGCUGCUUCUACAUGAUCAGGGACGAUGGCACGGAGGAGGACUUCUCGGCGAAAAAGUGCUUAGACGCCGUGGAGGCGAACCCGCCGUAUGUGCAGCCCGAAGAGAAGACAGGUGAUAAGAAGCCUCAGGCCAAAGCAGGAGCCAAGAAGGAGGAGCCCAAGAAGAAGGAGGAGAAGACGGAGGAGAAGGCGGAAGAGAAGGCGGAGGAAAAGACCGAAGAGAGGAAGGAAGAGAAGGCGGAGGAGAAGAAAGAGGAGAAGUGAAGAGACGAUUUGCACGUGGAGAGGCCACACUACGGC